AUGAGCAUCUUCCAGGUUACGCUGAGUCUUCUCUUACUCUGUAUUGUAAAUGCCUUGCCAAUCAUCAGGAACAGACUGCCAGACCAGAGGAUCCUCACAACUUACAUUCUACGGGAUGCAGAGCAGAGAUAUAGAAAAGAUGAAGGACACCCAGAGGAUACAAUCACACACAAGGGACUUACUGAUCGCCUCUUGAACUGGGCACAUGAGGUCACAGAAGACCAGAAUGAGCUGAGAUGUGGCGUUCCUGACAUCGCAGAAUAUGCCAUCAUAGAAAAGGAUUUAAAAUGGGCGUCCGCCAUCAUAACAUAUAGGAUAGUUAUCUACACCCCAGAUCUGCCACCAGCUGAUGUGGAUCGGAACAUACGAGAAGCCUCUAAAGUGUGGAGCAAGGUGACCCCGCUCCAAUUUAUACAGCUUCGUAGUGGAGAUGCUGACUUGAUGAUCUUCUUUGCUGACAAAGAACAUGGGGAUUUCUUCCCUUUCGAUGGUCCUAGAGGAGUGCUGGCUCACGCCUUUCCUCCUGGUGAGCACUUGGGUGGCGAUGUUCAUUUUGAUGAUGAUGAAACAUGGACAGUGGAUUCAGAAGACUGUAACUUGUUCUCAGUGGCUGUACAUGAAUUUGGACACACAAUGGGACUGGCACACUCCAGCAAUCCUUAUGCUCUUAUGUACCCCAUCUACAAUUACUUGACUUCAGAAAACUUCACCCUUCCAGCCGAUGAUAUCCUGGGCAUACAGGAACUGUAUGGUAAAGGUUCCAGACCUUCAAGUGUUAUAACUCCCACAAUCUGCAGCCAGGAGGUUCCGAUUGAUGCCAUGGCACAUUGGGAAGAAGGCAUCAUUAUAUUUAAAGACAGACAUGUGUGGUAUCACCAUCCAAUGUUGCCUGAACAUAAGGCGAUCCUAACAACUUCACUGUGGGAAGACGUUCCUGAUUUCAUAGAUGCCGCCUAUAAUUACCCAGAAAAAGAUAACAUUUUGUUAUUUAAAGGGAGACAGUUCUGGUCUGUCAAUGGAUCCAAUCUGAAAGUUGAAGGACCUGGAGAUAUUGGUGACUUUGGCUUCCCUGGGUCUGUGAUGAGAAUAGAUGCUGCUGUCCACGAUGGAGAGAAAGGAAAAACCUUCUUUUUUACAGGAGACCUGUGUUGGAGGUCUAAAAAGCGCAGACCUCUUUUUCGGCCCUUUCGGAGUUCCUCCAGCCCAAAGCGGCCAGCCGACAAAUCUGACCCAGAGCGGAAGCGCAAGCCAUAUUUUAAGCCUCGCCUUCCCUGGCGUUCUCGCCAGCAGGGACCCAAGCCCUAUACCCCCAAGUCCUCCUCUGCAUGA